AUGGCGACUCCACCUGUGGUCAGAUUUCCGAUCUUCGCAACGGUUAGAGCGAUUGGAGUUCUCAUCAUUCUGUUACUCCUAACCUGGGUUAUUCAUUUCAGGGGAGGUCUUGCUCUCUUUUCCGAUAACAAAGAUCUCAUCUUCAAUGUUCAUCCGGUGUUGAUGGUGAUUGGGCUUGUUCUAAUUAAUGGUGAAGGGAUGCUUGCAUACAAGACAGUAUCUGGAACUAAAAGCUUCAAAAAAACAGUUCAUCUGGCAUUACAGUUUCUCGCUCUCAUUUUGAGCAUAAUCGGUCUCUGGGCUGCUUGGAAGUUUCACAAUGACAAGGGCAUUGACAAUUUCUACAGCCUGCAUUCAUGGUUAGGCCUUGCAUGCCUUUUCCUCUUCUUCAUCCAGUUGGCUGCUGGAUUUGCAACGUUUUGGUAUCCAGGAGGGUCAAGAAACAGUAGAGUUGCACUAAUGCCAUGGCAUGUAUUCUUUGGUACCUAUAUCUAUGCUUUGGCUAUAGCUACAACAACUACAGGCGUUUUGAUUGUUGCUUUAGGCGGCUUUGUUAUUCUUGGUCUCGUUACACCGACUUUUAAUAAAGCUGAUGUUAUAAGAGGAAAUGAAUGA